UUACCCUUUAAGAGUUCAGAGGGUCCUUUCAUCCCCCCAUCCCCCCUGAGGAGUGUCUGAUCCUUCGCUCAACAUGUGGGAGUUCCGGUCCAUGUUGUUCUGGCGGGCGGUCUUCGCCGAGUUCUACGGCACCAUGUUCUUCGUGUUUUUCGGCAUGGGCGCGGCGCUCCGCUGGACCACCGCCCCUCACAACGUCAUGUACGUGGCCUUCUGCUUUGGGCUGGCGGCCGCCACGCUCAUCCAGUCCAUGGGCCACAUCAGCGGGGGCCACAUCAACCCCGCCGUCACCUUCGCCUACCUGAUCGGCUCGCAGAUGUCCCUGUUCCGCGCUGUGUUCUACUGGGCCGCCCAGCUGCUGGGGGCCCUGGCCGGGGCCGCCGUGCUCUACGGGGUCACGCCACACAACAUGCGGGGCACCAUGGCCCUCAACACGCUGCAGCCGGGGAUCAGCCAGGGCAUGGCCACCACCAUGGAGAUCUUCCUCACCCUGCAGCUGGUGGUCUGCAUCUUCGCCGUGACGGACGAGCGACGCAACGGCCGCAUGGGCUCGGCCGCCCUCUCCAUCGGCUUCUCCGUCAUGCUGGGACACCUGCUCGGGAUGUACUACACAGGAGCCGGAAUGAAUCCCGCCAGAUCCUUCGCUCCCGCCGUGCUCCUCAGGAACUUUGUCAACCACUGGGUCUACUGGGUGGGACCCAUGAUUGGAGGCGCCAUGGGGGCGUUGCUGUAUGACUUUAUGCUGUUCCCGCGCAUGCGCGGUCUGUCCGAGAGACUGGCCACCCUGAAGGGCAGCCGGCCCCCAGAGAGGGAGAACCAGCAGGACACCCGGGGAGAGCCGGCCGAGCUCAAGACCCAGGCCCUGUAACCCCGCACUGCCACGCCCAACCAUACGCACACGCACACGGAAAACACUCACGCACACACACACGCACACACACUCACACACUCACACACACAAACACACACACACACACACACAGACACACUCAUGUGCGUGCAUACACAUAGCCACUGCAACUGUGCCAUGUCCUCACCUGAUAUACUCAAAUAGGAGCAACAAGCACUCUACAGUCACUCAGCCACCCCCCCACCCCUAGUACCCGUUCCGCCCCUGGGACCGCAGGACAGAAACAGGAAGAGGAAGCACUCCUGGGGCAUGGGAGAGGGAGGCAGGGGCGGGGCGGGGCGGGCGCAGAUUGCUCAGGAAAGCGGCGUCUCUCUCUGCUGUGGUCUUUCAGGAGUGAGCUCCAGACUUCAGACUUUUGAACACUACUCAUCUUCAAACCCUUCCGACCUUGAGCUUUCGUUUUCCUGUGUUGUUUCUGCAUUUCCAGCACAUGGACGUGUGAUAACAUUCAAAUUUACCAGGGUUUAUGCUAUUUUAUUUUUUAUUUAUUUUCAGUGUGUGUGUGUGUGUGUGUGUGUGUGUGUGUGUUUACUGAUUUUUUUAAAUUUAUGCCUUUUCACUACUGCUCACCAGUGUUUGUAUCAUACUGCUGUUGCUUAUGUUUUAUUUAUUUUUUAUUUAUUAAUGUAUUUAAAUACCUCUCCCCAUACAGUGUAUUCACUGUAAUUUUAUUCAAAUUUUGACCUUUUUUCCAGUUUUUCCCCACAAAGAUACAAUGGAGAAAAUGAUGCUACAUUCCAGCCUGGCCCCUGUGUAACUUAGACUAAGAGUCUCGUUUUUAAGGACCAGUAAGCAAUUCCCACGCCAUUUAAAUGAGAAAUAAACACAAACAACACAACACUAAA